AUGCAGGCUCUUCGUCAAAAACUCAAAGACACCAAACUUCACGACGCCAAAGUCGAAGCCAUUCAUUUCAAGAACAAGAUAGGCAAGCUGAAAAACCUCGUCAAUAAAAAUCAUCGACAUGACGAGGAACAUGAGCAAGCGACCGAUCACAAGAGGACCGAGAUUUGUGACAAACAUCGUUACAAUUCCUUCUUCCCCGAGCGAGACAACAACAAGAUCAAAUGGUAUGUCGACGGCCGCGACUACAUGUGGGCCGUCUCCGUUGGGCUCGAAAAUGCCAAAGAGACCAUUUACAUUGCGGACUGGUGGCUUUCUCCUGAAUUGUUCUUGCGCCGCCCUCCUUUCUUCAACCAGGAAUGGCGUCUCGAUCAAACUAUCAAGCGUGCAGCGGCGCGCGGCGUCCAGAUCUAUGUAAUUGUCUACAAGGAGGUUCAACAAGCUUUGACCUGCAAUUCCGCCCACACCAAACAUGCUCUGAGAGCUCUCUGUCCAGAGGGGACUCCUGGUCAUGGAAAUAUCCAUGUCCUUCGUCAUCCAGACCACAAUGUGUUCGAAAAUUUUGGCGACAUGACAUUCUACUGGGCCCAUCAUGAGAAAUUCAUAGUCAUCGACUAUCAUCUGGCCUUCAUUGGAGGCUUGGAUCUGUGUUAUGGAAGGUGGGAUGUUCGCCAGCAUCUCCUUGCUGAUGUCCAUCCAUCUGGUGUCGUCAACGAAAUUUUCCCCGGUCAAGACUUCAAUAAUAACAGGAUCAUGGACUUCCAUACGGUGCAAGAUUGGUCGAAUAAUGAACUUGACAAGACCGAUUACGGUAGAAUGCCCUGGCACGAUGUGGCCAUGGCAUUGGUCGGAGAGUGCGUCGUUGACAUCGCAGAGCAUUUUGUCCUCAGAUGGAAUUUUAUCAAGCGCGACAAAUAUAAGCGAGACGAGGAUGUCGACUAUCUGUGCAUGACCACGAGGUCCAAGGCAGACGGUUCAAACCCGGAUGAAGAUCUCAUUGCCAUCCAGAGACCCAAACAUCCUGUUGGCAAGUAUAUUGAGCAUCCCUUGAGUCCCUUGGAGGGCAAGGGCCUCCAGAAUGCCGGCUCUGUCCACGCUCAAGUUGUUCGCAGCAGCGACGAUUGGAGCAGCGGAAUUCUGGUGGACCGUAGCAUUCAAAAUGCAUAUGCAGAAGUGAUCGAACAUGCUCAACAUUAUGUUUACAUCGAAAACCAGUUCUUUAUCACAGCGACCGGUGACCACCAAGCCCCCAUCCACAACACCAUCGGUCGAGCAAUCGUGAAUGCCUGCGUCCGGGCUGGAAAAGAAGGCCGAAAAUUUAGAGUUAUCAUCAUCAUUCCUGCUAUUCCUGGGUUUGCUGGUGACCUUCGUGACGAUGCAGCCAUUGGUACCAGGGCGAUCAUGGAUUACCAAUACAAGAGUAUCCAUCGCGGCGAACAUUCAAUCAUGGGCCAAAUUAAAAAAGCCGGGCUCGACCCUCACAAGUACAUAUUCCUCUUCAACCUGCGCGCCUAUGAUCGUAUUAACAAGACUCCCGCUCUCAUUCAGCAAGAAAAAGACUCUGGAGUCUCCUACCAAGAACUGCAGCGCGCUGAAGCGGAGGAGAUUAUGAGCACAGGCAUCCAUGGCUACGAAGGCGAGAAAACCGAGAAAGAAUCUCGUGGCGCCGGCCACUCCGUGAGCGAAGAGGAGCAACACCGCAUCAUCGACCGCAAACGCCAGUUCGAAGCCGCUCGGAAGAAACUGGACGUCAAAGACCCCGUCACGUCGGCGGAAUCGAUCGCUGAAGAUGCCAUGGCAGAGGGUGGACUCGUGAGCGAAGAACCCUGGGAAGGAGAUCCAGAGGCUGAAAAGGAUAACUUCGUACAAGAGGAAUUAUACGUGCACGCAAAGCUGCUGAUUGCCGACGACAAGACCGUGAUAUGUGGUUCAAGCAACCUCAAUGAUCGCUCUCAGCUUGGCUCGCACGAUUCGGAAAUCUCCAUCGUCAUGACCGACACCAAGAUCCUCGAAUCGACGAUGGACGGCAAAGCCUACCAAGCAGGCUAUCACGCCGCAACCCUCCGUCGACACCUAUGGCGUGAGCACUUGGGCACGAUCGGGGCACAAGGCGUCGAUGCGUCCAAAGAUCCCAAUGCACAACCUCCCACCGUUUGCAUGAACGAAGAAUACAGUGGCGAAGAGUGGGAAUUUGUCGCGGACCCGUUGAGCGACGCCCUCUGGGAGAAAUGGACCACCCAGGCCACCGUCAACACCGACAUUUACCGACACUUGUUCCGCGCCGAUCCUGACAACAACAUCAGGACCUGGGACGACUACGACAACUUUGCCCCACGCAAGACCAUCAAGCAGGGCCAUCUGCACGAUCCCCAUAUGCCUGUCGAACUGGUACGUAAGGAACUUGACAAGAUCAGAGGCCACUUGGUCUGGAUGCCAUUGGAUUUCUUGUGCGAGGAGGAAAUGGCAGAGAAGGGAUUACAAGUCAAUUCGUUCACCGAGGUGAGUGGAACUCCCGUGAUCUAA